AUGAAUAAAAUAAUUAAGAAAAUUAAGUUACAAAAGGAGAUUAAUCAUCUUAGGGCUCAUCUUGUGUAUCCUAAAGUUGUGGUGUUUGAAGAUUCAAUGUGCAUAUUUGUUGUGGAUCUUAUAUGUGUAAAUACUACAUCAGAACAAGAAUUAUUCACUUUUGACAGUGAAAUUGUGCAAUACGUGUUUGAUGAAGAUUUUUUAUGGCUGGUUCUAAAGUCAUCAGAAGUUUAUGUUAUAAGCUUACUUUUGAAUUCUGCUCUAAAAAUAGUUAUUAGCAAUUUUGCUAACUAUAAAAUUUCUGGAUUUGAAAAAGACGACAAUAACAUUGUACUAGUAAGCGUAAGUGGUGAAAGACUUGUUACACCAUUGUCGAAAAAAGAACUUUGUAUUGAAUUUGAAAACGGCGUUAAGGAAUUACAAGUGUCACUCCAAAAAAAUCUACAAAGCUACAAAUGUAAUUCUGUAAGGGCACAAUACAACAAUGGUUUAUAUGUCUGUGCUCAUGAUAGAAGUUUAUCAUUAACAUGUCCAGUGACAGGAAUAACUGAUAAGCUACCAAUGCCCGAAGAUAUUGAUUAUAUUGUUCCUUGGGAAGACGCAGCAGUAGUAUCCAGCAAGCAGCAAAUGUGGUUAUUAGAUUCACAUUUUAAUAAACUGUAUGAUUUUGAGAAAAUCAAUUCGCAGUAUAUACCAUUGGGUUCUAAUGAAAAUGUAUUUUAUUAUGCUUCUUGGGACACAAAUGUACAAUUUUACUCAUCAUCUUUGAAGAAUAUUGAUUCACAAGAUUAUCAAUCUACAAAUAUUUCCACACGUCCAGAAACCUGUCAGAAUAUUCUUCAAGCAGAGUUGAAGGCUUUAGUUCAAGAGGCUCUAGAGUCCGAUGAAGUGAAGGAAUUACAACAGUUCCACAAAUUAUUUAGUGAUGUUGAAGACCUCUUAUUUCUUAUAGGCUUGGCAUCAAAAUUAUGUAAGCACAAAAUUUCUUAUAAGCCUAUUUUAUGCUCCAUUCAAAAAAGGGUGUUUCUCUCAGAGAAUAUUACAGUUAUUAAUGCUUUUCAUGAAAUAAUGAUAAAAUUAGACCUCCUGGAGUAUAUUUACUUUAGAGCUAUAACCCAUUACAGUGAUGUUGAUAUUUUCAAAAUGAAUAUAAUAGAAAUAUGCGAGUUAUUUGUUUCUAAAUCUGACUUAGAUUUAGCUUCUAUUUGCUGGUUAAAGUUUUUAAAGUUGAACAUGACACCUUCUUCAGAGGAUAUACUAAAGAUAUUGUAUGCCAUUCCUGUAAACAUAAAAUUAGGUGCUCUAGUAAUAUGGCUGCGUAAUUUUUUCCCAAGCCUUUUAGAUCACAACCCUUUCAAUAUUGAUUUAGUUGCCAAGUGGACCACUGAUAGAAUCUUUAGUUUAGAACAGUCAACUUUCUGGCCUAAAAUAGGUUUAAAGUAUGUAGAAGCUAUUAUAGAUGUUCUAGAAUCCUCUCAAAAAACUAUCACAAUUAGGCCCAUUUCGAUUGACGAUUUAGAUGUCAUAAAAGACCACAUCAAGUACAUCAUGGAAUUGAAAGAUAGGUACAAAAUCAAUAUGUUGAUUAGUGAAGUCACGUCGCAAAGUCCUACCGAAGUGGCGUUGAUUAUGUUAAGAAGGUGUUAUACAGAGGAUCUAGAAUUGUUUUUAAGAGAUAAUCUAUCAGCAUUCGCGAAUCGAUAUCAAUUCGAUUUGGACGUUACGAUACGUUCUUUUAUUGAAAUGCAAACGGCAAGUAGUGGCGGAAGUGUUGAUGGGCUGAGAUUAGAAAUUUUACUGAACGCCAUUCAUUCGCUUACAAACAGAUUGGAAUGUCUUUUGCUCGUCUUGAAGUACUUAGACGUGCCCUGGGACAAUAAAGUUACGUCAAUUGCAAAAUCCGUCGCGGCCCUGCCGGCUACCGACUUCACUCUCACUGAAUCGGAUCGCAACCUGGCUCAGGCGGUUUACGAGGAAUUAAGAGACGCUCAAUUUAAAGUAAUUCUGAAGAAAUAUAAUUUCCCUUCUCAUUCUUUCGACUACACUUCAGUCAUUCACAAAUUGAUAAGCGCGAACAAUUUUGAUUUGGACGAUUUAACAACAAUGAUCACUUAUGUACCUACACAUUCGGUAUACUACGCCAAUCUUUUAUACAUAGAUAAAUGUUUAAAACUUAAUGAAACGAAGGUCGCGUUAGAAUAUUUUAACGCGUUAUCAAAUCGCGAAAAGAAAAUCUUAAUUAAAAGUGUCGUAAAUCAAUAUGAACAAAUCAUUAUAAGUUCGUCUAACAAAGGAUUAGAAAGAAACUAUCUAGAUUUUUUGAAGGGUUCUCACUAUUAUAGUGUUGGGCAAAUUAACACAUUCGAAAAAAUGUAUCAUUUGAAACAUUCAUAUAAUGCGACCGCCCAGUUGAACGAGUUGUGCAAUGAAGAGUAUUAUGAUUACGAAUUAAAUCGUUUGAAAACAAACUGCAAUAUUAACAACUCCGGACGAAGUCGAUGCAUGGCUUAUCUCGUUCGACAUGAUUUUACUAAUUCUUUGUAUUCAAAUUUGGAAACAUUAUUACACAAAACGUCCACCAAUCAAGCGGUCCGUACGAUAAUCGAGCAGUUGAUCUGCUUCCAACUGAGAGACAGUAGCAGUAGAGAGAUUAUUAACAUGUUCAAGAAUAACCAGAACGAAAAACUGCUCUUAUUGUCACAAGGUGUCCUGUGUGAUGUAAUUUGGAACUGUCCAGAAGAAUGUCUCCAUUUAAUGGCCGAUAUAAUGUCGAUGCUCAAUACGAUUACAAAUGUAAGCACAGUUAUGAAACAUUUGUCCAUCAUUUGGAAAUUUAAUUACGUGUUCUUACCCAUGUCUUCGGGUGCGGCCUUACACCGUUUAGUCGAUUUUUAUGUCAAUAAUAACAAUAAUAGCGUCCAUUGCGAUGAAAGUGAUGUAUUGACGCUUCGUUUAAUUACAAAGACUUUAGUACAAAACUUUUUCAAACAACAAGGAGAUAAUAAACAUUUAGUUCAAUUGGCAGAAAAGGUUGCACUUAAACUACUACACAAAGUAGUAACUUGCCAAGACCUCGAUCAAGUUACGUUGACGUCUCUAUUGCUUCAAAUUAUUAAUCAUCCUGAAAUCAUUAGUGAUAAGACUAACUUGCUAGACAUAUUAAGGGGUCGUUGCGAGAAUUUUUCUCCAUCCAUUAUGUACUACUUAUCCUCUCCUGCCAUACGCCAAACGUUUUCCUUUGACAAUGCUAUUCCCGGAAACACUUUAACGUAUCCACCGCAAUAUAUAUUGAAGUCGAAGUUCAAAUUUGACUUGGAGGAAAUUGCUCUCCCCGACUGCACUGAGCAGACUUGGGACGAAAAGCUCUUAUUAUUUUGUAUAUUAAAGAAAAAUCCUGACACCACUUUCGAGAGGCUUGUGGAUUUAUGUCAAACGUUAAACGUGAAUAUCAACGAUGGCUUAUCUCUGCUGUUAAUUUCUCUCUUAAUUAAUUGGGACCUUCAGUACAAAAUAAGCGUCGACGACUUAGGUUGCCGGCAUAUUAACUUGGAAAACAAAGAAAACGAAUUGGUAUCGAAAUGUUUAACAAUUUGGCAAAAUAUACAAAACAAAGAUUUCCUGAAAGAUGUCCUCAAAGAUUUUUGGAAAAAUGGCGAAGUCGCUAUUCACGGCUUCGUGAUAUCCAUCAAUCCAUAUUUCUAUGAGGUGUUACUUUGUAUCUACUACUUGUUGGUUUCGUCGCACUCGGAGCACAAAUAUCUCAAUGAAUACUUUAUACUAAAUUUUCUCAAGGAAUAUCAAAGAAAAGGUGCCCCAAAACAGUAUGAAUUUGAACUUUUUUCUGUCAAGGGACUCUUUCCUGAAAUCGGGCAUUACAGAUUACCUUUUCACCUUUUUAUGCGCGACGACAUGUGGGCAAAUUUCAAAACAGAAAUAACAUUAGAGACGUACGAACGCUGGCUGCCCGUAGUAGGAUGUUUAUCACUAAACGCGGACACUCAGACCGCAAAAGACAUGAUUUGUAGCAACGCUGUCAAACAGACUAUGACUUCGCGAGAAUCAAAUAACGCGACCCAUAAUAGAGAAAAGGGGAUAUGGAAACUGAUUUCUACCGAAGAGCCUCUGCUUCGCACGGCGCACCGAUGCGUCCGACACAUUGCAAAUAUGGAGUGGGCGGGAGCGUGUCUCUUUUACGUGCUGCAAGGGUGCGCCCGAGGAGCCGACCAAGUAGCCGCCGCACAGCUCUGUUAUCAAUUCACGCAAAGGUGGGCCGCCGUUCAGCCCGGCAAUCGUGCAGUACGGCAGAUGGAGCGUCAGCAUUCCACCUUAUCGACGAGGCACGCCUUGCAUAAAAUAGACUGGGCGAGUGAAGAGUUUAUAUGCUUGAUAACGGAGCCGACGCGGUUGAUUCAUUCUUUGUAUAUGCAUCCAAAUUUUGUCGAAAAAAAUCGGCCGCUACAAUGUCAACAGAGCUGCUAA